AUGGGAAACGCGGGAACGACCAGAAGAGGAUCGAUAUUCUCCAAGCAGGACUCUACGGGUGAUGAUGGUUCAACACGACACAACAAGCGACUUUCAAGCAGACAAAAUACUUUUCUGGAAGAAGAAGAGUUUCCGCCAGAACCACCGGUUUUGCCUCCGCCGGAACCACUGACUAUGCGGCAGAAAGAGUUGCUCACCGAAAUGUGGAAAUUGUUAGAGGAGGACAUUGCAAAAGUCGGUGUCAUUACAUUCGUAAGGUAA